AUCUUCAUUCUUCAGACGAAAUAAACAAGUGAACAUCUAAUUUCUUUUAAGAGGAUUAAGUUGAUUUCUUUGAUUCAACUAUGGAGGAAUCAGGAUCAACACCAGCUUCCGUUAACUCAAAUGCAUUGUUGCCACCACUACAUCCUCCUCCAAGAUCUUCUAACGCCUCUACUGAAGUUAGUUCAGUUGCAAAAGUACCAACUGCUGGUGAAGCUCCAUCUGCACCAGCUGCCAAUGUUUCCGAUGCUGGUACCAUCACUGUCACUGCACCAGCUUCUAAGAAGCGGAAGAAAACUUCAUGGGUUUGGGAUCACGUUGAUCUGGACCCUCCUCCUUCGAUAAUGGUAACUUGCAAGAAAUGUAAACAGAGAAUGAAAGCUGACUCUUCUACACAUGGGACCGGCUCCUUGAAUAACCAUUUAAGAAAGUGUCUGAAUCUUAUUCCUAAGGAUUCUGGUCAGUCGACUCUUUCUUUUGAACCUGCUAGGCUGGGAGAAGAUGAAAAGUUAGUUGCUGUAACUUUUUGUCAGGAUUCGUGUAGAAAAGCAUUGAUUAUAUUCAUCAUAGUGGAUGAGCAGCCUUUUAGAAUAGUUGAGGGGGAAGAGAUAUAUUGGCUAUACCCAUCUCUUCAGUGGCAUCUGAAUCUGCCUUUAGCACUGGGAGGCGUAUUCUCGAUCCAUAUCGAAGUUCUUUACUUCCCACAACAGUUGAGGCAUUGA